CUUUUUCUCUCUUACCGAACGCCCCUUUCUCUCUCUACAAAACCCACUUCCAUACCCCUCAACCCAUCCACCAACCCUUUAAGCCUUCCAUUUCUCUCCCCGUCCCUUUCCAUUCCACCAACCAUGCCGCCGGAACCACCGCCACCGCAAGUGGAAGCGCCACCAAAUUUCUGGGGCCAUAUGCCGGAAGAAGAAUACUACAGCUCCCAAGGUGUCCGUAACACCAAGUCAUAUUUCGAGACUCCACACGGCAAGCUCUUCACCCAGUCUUUCCUACCGCUGGAUCGUCCGGCCAAAGCCUCGGUCUACAUGACCCACGGCUACGGAUCCGACACGGGAUGGCUCUUCCAAAAGAUCUGCAUCACCUUCUCCACCUGGGGAUACGCCGUCUUCGCCGCCGACCUCCUCGGCCACGGCCGCUCCGACGGCCUCCGCUGCUACCUCGGCGACAUGGAGAAGGUCGCCGCGGCGUCCCUAUCGUUCUUCCUGAGCGUGCGCACCAGCGAAUCCUACCGCCACCUCCCCGCCUUCCUCUUCGGCGAGUCCAUGGGUGGGGCCGCCACUAUGCUGAUGUACUUUCAAUCACCUCCUGACACGUGGACUGGGUUGAUCUACUCGGCUCCACUCUUUGUAAUGCCCGAGAACAUGAAGCCAUCUAAGGUUAGGUUGUUCCUAUAUGGACUGCUCUUCGGGAUGGCGGACACGUGGCAAACGAUGCCGGACAACAAGAUGGUGGGGAAGGCGAUAAAGGACCCAGAGAAAUUGAAAAUUAUCGCGAGUAAUCCGAGGAGAUACACAGGGCCACCGAGGGUGGGGACGAUGAGGGAGCUGGCUAGGGUGUGCCAGUACAUACAGGAUAAUUUCUCGAGGGUGACGGCACCAUUUCUGACAGCACACGGGACGGGGGACGGAGUGACGUGCCCGACCGGGUCCAAGAUGUUAUACGAGAAGGCGGCGAGCGCAGACAAGACUCUGAAGAUUUAUGAAGGAAUGUACCACUCGUUAAUACAGGGAGAGCCUGAUGAGAAUGCUAAUGCUGUUUUGGGGGACAUGAGGGCGUGGAUUGAUGAGAGAGUAGAGAGAUAUGGGGCUAAAGUGUAAUUGAUGAUAAUUAAUUAAUCGUGUGUCUUGAUUGAUUGAUCUAAAUGUGGGUCAGAUUCUGGUGGAUUGUGUCUAAUUUGAUUUGGGGUAGUCAGGGUUGGUUGGGUCUGAUUUGUGUCAAACAUGGGUUUCUUGGGUGUAUGAAAUAUUUUCAAAAUAAAAUAGAAACAUCCCGAUGCUAAAAACA